AUGAAGUUCUCCUUGUCCGUUGUUCUUGCCGCUUUUGCUCUGCAGUCCACUGCCCUCUUGGUGCCCAGAGACGCUCUUUCCUCUGACUUGGGCUCUGCUCUUGCCCCCGGUGCUGGCCACAUCCUUCCCCUCGAGAGUCGGGCUAGAAAGGGCAACUCCAAGGGCAACUCCAAGGGCAAAGGAAAGGGAAAGCACACGCACGCCCAUGGAGUACGGCCCGACUUCCGCAAGCCGUGCAAGAGCUUGCCAUCGACCUGCCCUUCUUUCCUGAACAAGAAGGCCAUGUGCGAAUGCAAGGCCGCCGCAACAGUCGCUGCCUACUUGGAGUCCGAGAGGGAUGCCCAAAGCCGUCUCAGAAGGCGUGCUGAUUUUAGAGUGCGAUGUAACUCUGUUUUGACGAAGUGA